GUGAUCGACCUGCUGAUUUAACAGACGUGAGGAGAAGCGAUGAGUUUAACAGCAGCAGCGAGUGGAUUUGUUGUCGUCCUUCUGUCUGUCCAAGUGAUACAGGGUCAGGAUGGCUGGGGAGUGACUUACAGCUCUACUGAGAUCUGUGCCUUAAAAGGAUCAACAGUGAACAUGAGCUGCACCUACAGAUACCCAUCUCAAAACAUUAAUCCAAAAAUGGAAGUUAAGGAAAGAUUCUGGUUCACUAAAAUGAGUAGAAAUCAACCUUUGGAUCUGAGAACAGACUCAGAUUAUCAAGAUCGUGUUGAGUACAGUUGUUCUGAGAAGAGCUGCAGUCUGAGAAUCAGAGACCUGAGAGAGAGCGACUCAGCUGAGUACAAGUUCAGAUUCAUUACAAACCAACCAGGUGGGAGAUAUACUGGUUCACCUGGAGUCACUUUGAGGGUCACAGAUCUCCAGGUGCAGGUGAGCAGAUCCUCACAUUCUAGCUGGAGAGACCUGAAGUGUCACAGCAGUUGUCGUCUACCUGAUCGUUCUUCCUACAUCUGGUACAGAAAUGGACAGAAAAUUCCAUCACAAACAUCUUCUACUUAUUCAGUCCACUAUACUUAUGCAGACAGUUAUUCCUGUGCUGUUGAAGGACGUGAGGAUUUCCCCUCUCCUCCAGUGUGUGUCGAAUAUACAACCUGCGACAGAGUGAUUUACACUGACAGAAGCAUCUGUGCCUCCAAAGGCUCAUCAGUGGACAUUUCUUGCACUUACAGCAGUUACGACACCAUCAGGUCCAAAUUCUGGUUCAGUCCUGAACGUUCUCAUCAGUGGCAGAGUCCUUCACAGCCUGAGGACCUUAGUGACUCCCAGUUUGCAGGUCGUGUUCAGGUCCUUGAAUCAGAGAGAGGACGCUCCACUCUGAGAAUCACUGACCUGACAGAGAGUGAUUCAGCUCAGUAUCACUUCAAGUUUACAACAAGAUGGUUUGAGUGGAGGAGUAGUUUACCUGGUACAACUCUGACUGUCACAGCUCUGCAGGUGCAGGUGACCAGAAUAACAGUCCACCAGUCUGAUACUGAGGCAGAGCUGAAGUGUCACAGCAGCUGCAGUCCAGCUGCUCGUCUUUCCUACGUCUGGUUCAAGAACGGACAGAAAGUCACAGGGGUGGAGACAUCUUCUUUUAAAGGCCGGGUUUAUCCUGGAGACGUCAUCUCUUGUGCUUUGAAAGGACAUGAGAACUACGGCUCUCCUCCAGUCUAUGCUCCAAGACUUCCCUCUGUGUCAGUGAGUCCCUCUGCUGAGAUAGUGGAGGGCAGUUCAGUGACUCUGACCUGUAGCAGUGAUGCUAACCCAGCAGCUAAUUACACCUGGUACAAGGAGAGUGAAGACUCACCAAAAGCAUCAGGACAGAUCUUCACCAUCACUGACUUCAGAGCUGAACACAGUGGGAAUUAUUACUGUGAAGCCCAGAACAGAAGAGGACGUCAUAACUCCACCUUACAGCUGAUUGUUGUGGCAGGGAGUUUAACAAUGAUGAUAAAUAUCAUCAGGUUGAUUCUGGUGGUUCUGAUGUCGGUUCUGCUGCUUCUGUUUUGUCUGUGGAGGAAGAAGAAAACUUGGAGCUCCACCACUGAACCAAAUGAGCCCACAGAGACUGUGGAGAUGAGAGAGUUGGAGUCUGAUCCUGAUCACACCAACAUCUCACCUUUGAAGAGAGAAACUGCAGCAUGUGGCAGAAGUUCUGAGUAGCAUGCAGCUUCAUGUUUACCUGUGCAGGUACAUUACAUACGUCAAGGAUUAUACUUGGUUUGCAACAUGCUACUUUAUCUUUUAAUGCUUUUAAUAUAACAUUUUAUUCUAAUGCAGUAACUUGUUUUGAAGAAAUACUGAUUGUUCUAUCACAUCACAGCUGUCCUGGCAGAGAAAGACAUGUGGAACAGGAAGCACAGUAUCUCACAGCAUGUACAUUAUAUAUUAAACACACUGACAUGUAACAUGAGCCCAGCUCUGUCACACUCUGUAGCUGUAACAUGUUCAAAGUUCUGCAGUGGCUGAUUGAAAUAAACAUCCAGCUUCCAACAAUUCUGUAGUUUGAACAUCAUGUCAGUUCCCUCUCUGUGCUGCAGAGGGCGACAGUGUGCAGAAAGUUUUGGAUUUCAGCUUUUAACAAACUGUUUUUGUGUUUAGUCUUUAGAAUAAAGGUUUUAUUCAUCAGUAAUUGACACAAAUGAAAUGUAAAACAGUUUAUUUACUCUCACUGUGUUCCCAGUGCUUCUUUGGUUUGUACUUUAUUUAGUUGUAUUUUUUGUACUUCUUUAAUUCUUGUAUUGGCUCCUGCCUGCUCCUUGUGUUCUUGUUGCUUUUUGUAUUUUGUAUUUUGUAUUCAGACCUCAGCUUUGUUAUUAAAGCUCACCUUUUGUUCUUUACCUUGCCUGCCUCCUGAGUGUCUUGUGUUUGGGUCCUCACACUUUCAUGACUUUCAUGAAAAAAUCUCUGAUGGGGAGCUGAAGAAGUACUGCUUAAUCUUUGAACGACUGAACUCUAUCACAGGUUUUGUGGACAGGCUGUUUUUCUACAAUUUAAUCCCAAAGACACUCUGCUCAAGACCAAGGCUGUUGGACUCACAACUUGUAGUCAGUGACUUCACUAACAGCCUGCUAACCUCCUGCCUGCUCCAGCUCCUGUCUCAGCGAGCCAC